UCUGAUGAAGUUAGGGAAGAAAACCAAAGAUUGAAAUCCACAUUAUCUCAAAUGAUCAAAGACUAUCAUUCCCUCAAAAUGCACUUCAAUCAUAUAAUCCAAGAUGAUCAUCAUCAUCAGCCCAAGAAAUCAACAGAUCCAAUGGCUGCAUCAGACGAUGAAUCCGAGUUCGUUUCUCUAAGCCUAGGAAGACCAUUUUCAGGUGAUUCCAAGAGGGAGAAGAUGAUCAAGAAGGAGAGUAGUAACUAUAGACAUCACCAUGGACUUGAACUAGGCCUCGACUGCAAGUCCAAGGAGGAAGGAGACAACGACAACAUUCGUGCAUCUCAGAAAAGCCCGAAACAUCAUUCGACAAGUGGAGAUGAUGUAUUCUUGCAGCACAACCCUUCGAAGAAACCUAGGGUUUCUGUGAGAGCUGUUUGCAACACUCAAACGCUGAACGAUGGAUGUCAAUGGAGGAAGUACGGUCAGAAAAUAGCGAAGAGGAAUCCGUGCCCUCGGGCUUAUUAUCGAUGCACGGUGUCAUCAUCGUGCCCCGUUAGAAAACAGGUGCAAAGAUGUGUAGAUGACAUGAGCAUCCUCAUCACCACGUACGAAGGAACUCACGACCACCCGUUGCCGCCUUCAGCCACCACGAUAGCCGCUGCAACAUCAGCAGCUGCAGCCACGCUUAGCUGCAGCUCCUCCACAUCACCACCGUGCCACAGUGUCUCAGCCACCCCCUCAACCAGUCCUAAUCUUCUUGGCUUUAACUUCCCUCGAGCUGCAUCACAAUCACACCCCACCAUCGUACUAGACCUAACUUCACCAAAUCACUUAACCAAAUUCUCAGCAUCAACCUUAUUUCCUGCUGCACAUUCUACUCCAACAUCUCUCAACUUCUCAUCCUCAUCAGCAGAAAACGUAUCGUCGUCGCCUUAUUACCAACGUAAUCUCAUCUUCGACAGCAACAUGAGGGCUUCUGAGAAACAUGAUCAGAAAAUGUUUGAUGCGAUCAAAUGUGAUCCUAGUUUUCGAUCAGCAUUAGCAGCUGCAAUAACAUCAGUUGUUGGGACUAAUGUUGAAGGAAAGAAUUCGGGGCUGGAUUUUCAUUUAAGUUUUUCACAACCAUCCAGUACUAGGAAUGGAAGUGUAGGGUGGGCGACGAGCUUCUUCAGCAAGUUUCCUCAGUUAUAGAAUUACUCCCGACAGAAGAGGCUAAGUAGUUUAUGUAUGCAACUAAGAUCAUUCAACCAAGAGAAUCAACAUAUGUACCCUGCAAAUGAUGAUUUUGUAUCGUCUUGUUUCCAUAGUUGAUAUAUUUGUUUUGGUCACUAAUACAUAUAUGAUAGAAUUUACAAAUAUUAUUUUUUUAUUCCAAA